AAAAAAAAAAGAAAUGAGAAUUACAAUACAAAAAAACUCGGCAAGAAUUGCCAGACAUUGCGCCACAUACAAUUUACCCACCCGUGACUCACACCGAGCGAUAGAUAUGCCUCAUGAGGGCUAAAGUACCGUGUCAUGUCGAACACAAGAUAACGCUCAGUGCGGAUUAUUUCAGUCUUUUUUUUUAUAUAUAUAACAAAAAGAAGAGAAAUAAGAAAGAUCGAAUCUGAAAAUGACGUCGAAAACCACAUACUCGACCUCGUCACCCUACGAAGAGAAAUUCGGCUAUUACCGAGCCGUACGGACAGGGUCCUACAUCUUCGUGGCAGGCACGACAGCCGUGGACCCGAACUCACCGGCGAGCGCGCCACAGGUGCUCUUCCCCGGCGACGCGCGGCGGCAGACUGUGACAGCGCUGCGCGAGUGCAUUGCAGCGAUUGAGGCGGUGGCUCCCGAGGGUGGCCCGGGCGCGGCCAGCGUGGUGCGAGUCAAGAUGUACGUGGGACGCCAUGAAGAUUGUGAGGCGGUUGGCGCGGGGUUCAGAGAGGUAUUGGGCAAGGAUCAGAAUGGCGAGGAUACGAGAGGCACAGGCACAGGCACAGGACUCGGAGCUGUGGCGACCAUGAUUGUUGUGCACGGCGGGUUCGUCCAUCCGGAUAUGCUAGUCGAGGUUGAGGUUGAUGCUGUGCUUCGUACUCCGUAAU